AUGCAUCGCAACACCAUCGCCGUGCUUGCUGGCGCCCAGCUUGCUGCUGCCGGCCUCUAUCCCGGAAUUACAGCGGACAAUCACACUUGUGUGUUGUCUGAACCGGUGUUGUCCUGCUCUAAAGGAGCUGUCCCCGAAAAGGUGGACACUUGCUGCGUCGAGACCUUUGGAGGAUUGGUGCUCCAAACCCAGUUCUGGGACACUCACUCCGGCUUCGAAAGCCAAGGACAGAAAUAUCCUCCCAACACGUGGACCAUUCACGGUCUCUGGCCCGAUUUUUGCAAUGGAAGCUAUACCCAGUACUGCGACCUAAGCCGCCAAUAUGACCCUUAUCCUUCUCCCAAUACAACCGACGGCACUCCCCAUGGAACUCCCGUCCCUCCAUACACCGGCCCAUCGAUCGACACCUUCUUCGAGCCGUACGGAAAGAUGGAUCUCCUCGCUUACAUGAAAAAGUACUGGGUCAACCAGGGCGCUCCAAGCUGGGAGCUCUGGGCCCACGAAUUCUCCAAGCACGCCACCUGCUACUCUACCUUUCAAAAGGAGUGCUACGGACCCAAGGCCAGCGAAUACGACGACCUCUUCCAAUUCUAUGAGACCGUAAUCUCCUACUACAAGACUCUCCCCACCUGGCGCUGGCUCUCCGCCUCCAACAUCCAUCCUUCUAACAAAACCUCUUACUCUCUUUCCCACAUCCAAGCCGCGCUGACCCACGGCUACGGCGUCAUCCCCUACAUCGGCUGCGGUGGUCCCAGAUACAACGAGACAAAGGCCGGCAAAGGGUCUCAUGACAACGGUGGCACGCAGCUGAACGAGGUGUGGUACUACUCCCACGUCUAUGGCGCUCCCCAGCGAGACCAGGCCAAGCGAGUGCCUGCUGAUAUUGCCGGCGGUUCGCUGUCAAGCUGUGCCAAGACUCCGGGCGCCAUCUGGUAUUAUGAGCGCGCUCCGGGCAGCGAGACGAAAUAG